AUGCGCUUCACCGUCGCCCUCACUACUUUGGUCGCUGCCGCCAUGGCCGCACCUCUCGAUACCCUUGCUGCCCGUGCAGACGAGCUCAACGCCGCCAUCCAGGCUCUCGCUGCUGAGAACCCCGAGGAUGCCGAGGCCGCCAAGGGUCUCCUGGGCCGCGAUAUCAACCCUAACGUCCAGCUCACGAACGACGACGAGCAGGAGGAAGUCUUCAAGAGGGAUAUCAACCCUAAUGUUCAGUUGACAAACGACGACGAGCAGGAGGAGGUUUUCAAGAGGGACAUCAACCCCAACGUUCAGCUCACCAACGAUGACGAGCAAGAGGAGGUUUUCAAACGCGAUAUUGACCCCAACGUUCAACUUACCAACGAUGAUGAGCAGGAGGAGGUCUUCUAA